AUGGCUGGUGUCAUUGAAAACGCCUUCAUGCAACUUAGGCCUGGGUACGAUGCUCAAAGGCUCCGCGCUCUCCUCAAGGAUUGCCAGCAAAUUCAAGCACUAUGGAUUCGCGAACACCAACCACAACUCCUUGAAGGAAAACCUUACGAUUAUACGACCGACUGCUGGAUCAGCGAGGAUGAGUCGCCGCACUUGCUCCUAACAGCACCAUGGGAGUCUGUGGAGGGGCAUAAAGAAUGGAUCCAGAGCCAUGAGAACGCCUAUGUAAUGGACGACAUUAAGGCAUUGAUUAAGGAGGGAAAUGAUGCCGUGGACCUGUACCACCUGUUUCCUGCUGGCGAAAAUGAAUUCCGAGGAGAUGUCCUCGCCAAAGGGCCGGUAAAGGUCUGGAGAAUAUCAGUGAAGCCUGAAGAGAAAGAGUCUCUUGAAAAAGAAUAUCGUCUUAUCGAGACCAAUUCCUCCACAGAACCAGGUCGAAGGAUAUGGGCAGGAUGGAGUCGAGAAAGAGGAAUCUGA